AUGAGAUUUUAAAGGAAUUUUCUAAAAGGCACAAUAUCAACCCUUAAGAAUUAAAUUAACGCUUUUUAAAAAUUAAAAGGCAAUUAAGUUAAGCUAGUAAUAUCUAUGAACAAUCAGAUGAUGCAAUAACACAAAGAAGGAACACAUUUGAUUUCUUAAAUAAAGCAAAUUAUUAAAAAUCUAUUUUGA